CAGGUCCAGAUGCUUUUUCUUUCUGCAUUAUUUGAAAUCUAACAUUUCCAGACACAACAUGCAGUUCAGCUCUUUUCCCUCCAGCCUGAACUUGUAUGCUGGAACUACACAUUAUGCUAAUGAUCUCCAAGGACCUGGCACUGCUGUUGCUUAGGAACAAAAGUUUUACAGGCUGCAGACAGAGAACUGAACAGAGGCACUGUAGCUGGGCAAGUUCUUUUUCCACUCUUCUUCCCCUCAGAAUUUAACGGAAAUUGUCCUAUGCUCCCCUGCUUUACCAACUGAAAGACAAACUCAUUUCUCACAGAAGAGCAGACCAGAGGAAGACUGCACAGUAACAGACCAUGAAGGCUCAUCUCACACUGCUGAAAGAAAGAAGCAGCUUGUGACAUCAGUACCACGGCUUUUAAGACUUCCUAGCUGCUAGCUGGUAAUUUUGAAACCUAGAUUCCAUUUUUAACCCAAAACAACCAGCCCUUCGAAAGUGUGAGCACACCUCCAGGACAUGUUUAGCUGAUCAUUGUAUCUUAGGUAGGAUGCAAGGAAGUAACAGUCACUGCUUUCAAAGGCUUUGCUGGGGUUCCCCACUUCUUCCAGAGUCCAGUGUGUUUGUCUCUCUCUGAGGAAAGAUGGCCAAGGGGAAAGGUCCAAAAGGGAAAAAAAUCACCUUGAAAACUGCAAAAAAUUCCAUCAGGAUCUCUUUUGAUGGAGGUCGCCGUCUUGACUUAAGUAAGAUGGGUAUCACUACCUUUCCUAAGUGCAUUCUAAAACUGGCUGAUGUGGAUGAGCUUGAUUUGAGCAGAAACAUGCUAAAAAAGAUCCCAAACAGCAUCGAGAAGUUCCAGAAACUGCGGUGGCUGGACCUGCACAGCAAUCAGCUUGAAGACUUGCCCAAGACAGUAGGUACACUUCAGAAUCUUUUCUACCUGAAUAUAUGUAACAACAAGCUGACCAGUAAGAAUUUGCCAGAGGAGUUGAACCUUCUAAAGAACCUGCGUUUUCUCAACCUCGGCUUGAACUGUCUUGACAGCAUCCCCCCCACACUUGGGGCCCUGAAGGAGCUUAAGGAGUUAGGUCUCUUUGACAACCUCUUGACCGUCAUCCCAAACAGUGUGAAGAGGCUCCCCAAGCUCCAGAAACUGAAUGCAGACAGAAACCCUCUCCCUGAGUUAGUAAAAAAAGAAGAGUAUGUCGAUCCCAUAAAACGCAUAGAAUCGCUUUACUUAGUACAAGAGAAAGACCUAUGCUGUUCCUGCCUGAAGGCUUGUCAGGAAGAAAGGGGCAAACUAAAGAAGUUUAAGAACACAGUGCCCUGCCCCUCUAAGAAGCUCAGUUUCCCUUUACUCCUUACGCCCAACUCCACUGCAGUGGAUAACCAAGAACAAUGGAGAUUAAAAGAUGAACAUCUCUGAAAUCUACAAAUGCUCUCUAUGGACCACGUCCUAUAAAAUCCAGCUCAAGCUAAUAAAAAGCUAUCCACCUUCCUCCUUCAUUUUUUCUGCAGUUCUCUUCAUUUAAAAAUACCCAGUUUUAGAAGCAGAUCUGAGGUAGUCUCUAGAACUAAAUCAGUAACAAAGUAAAGCAAAUAUACAUUUGGAAAAGGACACAUCAGAAAGACUAGUUUCUAGCACCUGGCUUGUUCCUACAACAUGUUCUACUGUUUGUUUUUAUUAAGAAUCUUGCGUCUGUCACAUGUCCAUUGAAGGAGUCUUCACAAAAGUAGUUAUUUCCACUAACUAUGCUCACACCAUUUAGCCCCCAAACAUUAGUCUUGUUAAUUUUCAUUGGGUAAGGCAUAGUUAUGCACAGUCUCAAUGAAUACAAAGUGUAGGAAAUAGAAGAGCUAAACACCUUGUUAUCCUGUUUGCCAUACAAAGCCAGACUCUGCUUAAGCAAGCUUUGUGAGAUUCUGGAUGCUGUACCUGGGCACAGCAUUCUCUAGUUUGCAUAACAAUGAGCACCAUUACCUACUCAUACUAUUUUGUCUGUCUCAGUCUGAGUUUCACUCAAAGUAAGCUGCAAAUGGGAAAAGGGUAUGGAAAAGAUAAAUCACCAUUUUUAAAGGUUUUGGACAAUUCACAUAGGCAGUACCUUCCUGCCCCUGAUCACCCCCCUUCUACUACACCCAAGAGUCAGUUGGUGAAUCAGGGAAAUCAGGUCUGGUGCCUCCACAGUAAUUUUUAGCUUUCAAUUGACAUGCAUGCAUACACACAUGCACCUAAGCACAUGUGCCAUGUUACUUGCUGAUAGCACAUCCCUCGGACAGACUGCUAACAGCCUGCAAACAGCAAUACACAGGUGCAAGGAAUGAGCAGAUUAUAAAAGUAGUUGAGCAUGGCAUAAGAAGAGGUGCUGGCUAUGGACUCAGUAACAUGUGGUGACAGCACAGAUUUAACUAUAUUUAAAUGAAGAAUGAAGUGCCAUGGGUGAAGCAUUCAGUGGUCCAGAAAUAUCCAAUUAUCAAUUUCUAAAUGGCUAGAGUAACAACUAAGAAUCAGAACUCCUACAUAUUAUACCUAUGGACUAGAUGGAAAAACUUGGUAUUGGGUUUCCACAAAAUAACACUACCUGAACAUCAUAUGCUACAUCAAAAUAAUUGUUUCUUCUUUCCAUCCUUGAGCUCUGCCAUUAUUAAUAGCAUGUCUGGGCAAAGAGCUUAGUCUGGUCUGCCUCCCUGUCUCAUACAGCACAGGAAGAGCAGAAAUGCUAUGGAGUGAAUUAGCAGUUGCUCCACACAGAACACAUCCAUCUCCAUAGAGUUAACCACCACUUCUGGCUCAGAUUAUGCUCUAGCCAGAGCUGUUUGCACACUGCACUGACACUUCUUGCAAAUUUGACUCAGGGUGAAAGUGUUCACUUCAAAGAUAGGUAAUGACCUGCAACAUGUGAAGUGCAAACAAAAAGAGGAGCACAGCUCACACAAACAAGACACUACAACUCAACAGAUCUCAACAACAUUCUGCCUCCAGGCGAUCAUUCCACAGUACAUCAGUCAGGCACUUAGGGUUGAAUUCCUCACACACCCAAUUUAAAAAGAGUUACAGCUGCACAAGUAAGAGGCAAAUCUACACUGAACAUGGUCUCAUUCAACUGACACUGGAAGGAAAGCUUUCUUUUUCUGCAGUGGUAAAUCUGAUGGACAACAAAUUGGGAUCUCCACUGCGCAGUUACUGUAACGUGCCAAAAUGUCCAUACACACAUCUGUCAUCAUCUACUCUAAACAUGCAAUAAAGAGCCCAUUAUGUAGAAACAUUAUGGAUUAGCUCUAUAACCUCACCUCACUGACUGUCUCUAUUCCACACUAACCAUCUGUGUAGAGUUUACCAAUAAAGUCAUAGUAAAGAGGUAAUAAUUAUUAAUAAACUAUGCACAAUCAGCUACUUAACACAUUCCUCAUGCCUUCAAAUUGUGAAUGCUGUACACUAGAACACUUUUCAGAGUUCUGGAGACACAAACAACUAAAUUUCCAGUUACUUUCUUUUUUUUUUAAGGUACAACUUAUUCACGUAUUACCUCUUAUUUUCUACUGUUAUCCAAUGU